AAACUUGUGCUGGAGAACGCAAAAGCCGUCCAUGAGGCUGCGGCAUGAACCCCAACGAGACAGGAAAACCCUAAGAGAGGCAAAGCAAACUAACCGAGUGGAGAAGAAGAAGAAUAAUCUAAUGAAUCCUCAACUCUGGCACAAAGUUGCUGCCCUCUCCGGAGUGGCAGCUCUUGGUUUGGGCACAUAUGGUGCUCAUGUCUUCAAGCCCGCCAACCCAACUUACAAAGAGGUUUGGCAUACAGCUUCUCUAUACCACUUGGUUCACACUGCGGCUUUGGUUUCUGCCCCUAUUACCAAAAACCCCAACAUCUUUGGAGGGCUUUUGACAACCGGAAUUAUUGCAUUCUCUGGGACGUGUUACGUCGUUGCAUUCCUUGAGGACAGAAAGUAUUCUACCUUAGCUCCAUUUGGAGGCUUUGCAUUUAUUGCUGCUUGGGCCAGCCUGCUUUUCUAAGAAUUCAAUCUCAUAUGAUAUGAUAGCUCAAAAUGCUGCACUUGUAAUAUCUUGUGUCUAUGCUGGAAUCUGGGAGAACAAAACUUUGACAUGCUCUUUUUCUUCGGAUUUGAUGCUUACUGGAGGACUUAAAUCUCGUACACCUCUCCCAUAAUUGUUUUUCUAAUGCUUUUUGAUGUAUAGGUCAAUGUACUUCUUCUGUUACUUAGUUGCUAUUUGAUAUCUUGUAUUUCAACAAUGGAGUUAUAUUAAUGUGAUGGAAAAAUUACACUUUA